AUGACAUCUGAAUGGGACAAAUUCAAGCUUUUGUUGGGAAAGAAUUUCUUAAUUCAAUCCAGGAACAAGGUCCAAACGGUAUUGGAAAUUCUGAUUCCCGUGGCUUUUUGUUCAAUUCUCGUCAUUAUUCGCUCCCUGGUAAAAAUUGAAAAAUAUGAUAAUCCAAUUUACUAUAAAGGACUUCAAAUGGAUUCUUUAAGUGACCUGGAACGCCAAAAUGAUAAUUUGAAGCUAAAUUGGACAAUUUUGUAUUCGCCGAGGAAUCCAGUGCUAGAAGAAUUUGUUACCGAAGCAAUUAGCCACAUAAAAACCAAUAAAACAAUCACGAUAGAUGGAAAACGUAAUGCCAACGAGCUAUAUUUAUCACUUGUAACAUCGAAAGUCAUUACUGGAAUCGUUUUCAACGACAGUUUGAAGGAUACGAACUCGUUGCCACGUCACUUGGAUUUUACGUUACGCUUUCCUUAUGAGCUACGAAACAGUGGUUUGAGGUUCGUGGUUUUCUUCAAUUGGUUCACUGACCUCAUUUUUCCGCAGUUUCAAGAGAAUUUACCACGAAAUGAAGUGGCAGAUGAUGGUGGCUUGCCGCCAGGAUACUACAAAGAGGGAUUUUUGACGAUACAAAAUGCUUUGUCACGAGAGUUUUUAAAGAGAAUCGAAGGUGAAACCGAAGAAAAUGUAACGAUUCCGGAAAUUUAUUUGCAAAGGUUUCCGUAUCCGGCUUACAAAUCGGACAGAUUACUUAUAGGACUGGAAUUUCUUUUUCCCGUUAUCAUCAUCAAUAGUUUCUUGUACGUUUGUAUCAACACAGUCAAGUUACUUGUUGUUGAAAAGGAAAAACGAUUGAAGGAGGCAAUGAAAAUUAUGGGAUUAAGCGAUUUACUUCAUUGGCUUGCUUGGUUUGCAAAAUCCAUCAUUUUUCUGACGAUUACGAUAACGUUGAUUGCUGCGUUGCUCAAAUGUCCGAUCAAGGAUGGCGUUGCCGUAUUUUCGAAAUCGUCUUUUAGUACGAUUUGGGUGUUUUUGUUUUUGUAUUCCGUCACCUUGAUCAUGUUUUGCUUCAUGUUGAGCUCGUUCUUCAGUAAAUCCAGCACUGGGACCAUGGCAGCAGCUUUACUUUGGUUUUUGAGCUAUUUGCCGUAUCCGAUCACCGCAGAAGGCUACGACCGAUUGUCAUUUUUUACAAAAGUCCUUCUCUGCUUCUUUUCAAACACUUCAAUGUCGUACGGGUUCAAACUAAUCAUGCGCUACGAAGGUGUCGGGUUUGGCCUGCAGUGGAAUAAUCUCUUCAAACCAGUGACAAUUGACGAUAAACUCACAGUUGGUAUUUGCAUGAUCAUGUUUCUCGUGGACUCAGUACUUUAUGGCAUUGUGACAUGGUACGUUGGCAAGAUUAAUCCAGGUGACUAUGGGGUGCCGUUAAAGUGGUAUUUUCCAUUUACUAUUGAGUAUUGGCGUGGCGAUCGUCGUGUUAAUGUAUUGCCAUUCUUCAACAAUCUCAAAACAAGUCAAAAUAUCGAGGAAAGUCCCGUUUAUAUGUUGCCAGGAAUCGACAUUCGAAAUCUUAGGAAGAUUUAUGACAACAAAAAGGUUGCAGUUCACGGACUUCAUAUGAAAAUGUUUGAAGGAGAGAUAACGGUGCUGCUCGGACACAACGGAGCUGGCAAGACAACGACAAUGGGUAUGUUGACGGGAAUGAUGUCGGCAACAUCGGGAACCGCUUUGAUGGAUGGUCUCGAUAUAAACAAACAAAUGAAUCGCAUUCGGUCGAUUUUAGGAUUUUGUCCGCAAUAUGACAUCCUUUUCGAUGAAUUAACGGUAAAGGAACACAUUGAGUUUUAUGCCAAGCUUAAGGGGAUGCAAAAAGACGAAAUUCAAGAGGAAGUUAACAAAUUUGUGGAUUUACUUGAGCUAGGAGCGAAAAUGAACACACCAUCGUGUCAAUUAAGUGGCGGACAGAAGAGAAAACUCUCAGUUUCGGUUGCUCUUUGUGGUGGAAGUCGCAUCGUUUUAUUCGAUGAGCCCACAAGUGGCAUGGAUCCGACGGCAAGACGACAAUUGUGGGAGUUGCUGUUGAAAGAAAAACGAUCCCGUACGAUUUUAGUGUCGACGCACUUUAUGGAUGAGGCAGAUGUGCUCGGUGAUCGAAUUGCGAUUAUGAGUAAAGGUGAACUCGUCACUAUGGGAACCCCAUUUUUCUUGAAAAAACGCUUUGGUGUUGGAUAUCGUCUAGUUUGUGUAAAAACGGACAGCUGUGACCCACAAAAAGUGACGGAAUUGCUUGCUUCUCAUAUUCCUGACAUUUGCAUCGAAACUGAUAUCGGAAGUGAACUCACCUAUCUUUUGAAGGAAAAUUACAUUUCUCAGUUCAAAGAGUUGCUAGAAGACUUUGAAAAUAAUUCCGCUGAACUGGGUAUUUCCAGCUUUGGAGUUACUCUAACGACUUUAGAAGAAGUUUUUCUUAAAGUAAUGCAAGAGGAUGAAAAGCAAGAUGAAUCAACUUUAGUCGUAAAUUCAGGAUCUGACUCGUACCUUGUGGAAAAUUUUUCUUACAACAGACCACAACGAUUCCUUUCUGGUACUUCGUUUUGGAUUAAUCAAGCGACUGCGAUGUUCCUCAAGAAAGCUCUCUACGACUUACGGAACCCAAUUCCUCUGUUAAUUCAAAAUAUCAUGCCGAUUAUAACAGUAAUCCUUUCAAUUACGGAUUUUCGCAAAUACAACCACAAGGAAGAUGCUAAAUCGCUCAACAUGACAUUCGGCUCUUAUGGACAAACGAUGACUGUAAUUCAAGAAGACCUGGCAUUCGAUAAAAAAUCAUUCGAAAGACAAAUCAGUCAUGAAUUGGGUAGUUUGGCACUAAAUGAAACAGCAAAUCAGAAAUUUGUCAUCAUUGAUAACGAUUUUCAAGAAUAUUUGCUCGGGCUGAUGACAACAAAACUUCCCGAAGUGAAUAGCUAUUACAUGGUUGGUACGAGUAUCACAAUGAAGAAUUUUACUGCGUGGUUUAAUAAUCAAGCAUUUCACACGGCACCAUUAAGCGUAAAUCUCAUAUACAACGCAAUUUUGAGAGUUUUGUGUAGAAAUUGUUCGAUUUCCGUAUCAAAUCAUCCGAUGCCGCUGUCGAGUGAUGCGAAACGUGAAAUGUUAAAAAGUGGCAACAAUAUCGGAUUCAAUCUCGCAUUCAACAGUGGAUUUGUCUUUUCUCUCGCAGCUGCUUUUUACAUCAUGUUUCCCAUCCGUGAGCUUUCGACCAAAUCGAAGCUUUUACAAGUCGUUAGUGGAGUUAAUUCAAUCAUUUACUGGCUUUGUUCUUUCAUUUGGGAUUACCUAACGUUUAUUGUGACGGCUCUUUGCUACAUCAUCACCAUUGCCGUGUUCCAGGAAGAAGGAUGGUCCACAUUUGCGGAACUUGAACGAGUUUUUGUACUUUUUGCCGUUUUUAUUUAUGCCGUUAUCCCAAUUUGUUAUUUAUUUGCAUUCCGAUUUACACAACCAUCAGCUGGAUUCGCCAAAAUAUCAAUGAUUUUCAUUUUAACAGGACUGUUUUGCUUUUUAACCGUUUUCAUCACCGGAAUGGAUAUUUUUGAUUUGAAAGAUACAUCGGAAUACUUGACGUUGGUAUUCAUGCCAUUUCCACAUUUCGCUUUCAGUCAUGCCUUUAAUAGCCUGAAUACGAUCCAAAUGACCAAACAAAUUUGUCAAUCUCAAUGCAAGCACAUGGGAAAUUGCGAUCAGGAAUUUGUCAGUAAAGUCAUUUGUACAAUGUUUCCCGAAUGUUGCGACACGCUCAAUCAUUUUCAAUGGAAAUAUCCUGGAAUUGGCAGAAAUUUGGUAUUUAUGUUUGGAACAGGAACAGUUGGAUUUGUUAUUUUGAUCGGCAUUGAGCGUGGAUGGUUCAAAUUAUCGACCAACACGACUUCAAACAAUAGCGUAUCAACGGUGAAUGAGGAACCGGACACGGAUGUAAUAAACGAAAAAAACUACGUAAAAUCCUUGGAAAAUUCGGAUUUUUUCAGUUACAGCCUUUUAUUGAACGACCUGACAAAAUACUAUGGAAAAUUUUUAGCUGUCGAUCAUUUGUCUUUAACUGUUAAAAGUGGUCAAUGUUUUGGUUUGCUGGGCAUCAACGGAGCUGGAAAAACCUCAACAUUUAAAAUGCUGACUGGUGAUCAUCGAAUCUCCGCUGGCGAUGCUUUUGUCGAUGGCUUGAGUGUUAAAAAUGAUUUAAUUGAGGUUUACAAGCGCAUCGGUUACUGCCCGCAAUUUGAUGCAAUUUUGGAGGAUUUGACAGGACGCGAAACGUUGAGAAUGUAUUGCUUACUGCGAGGAUUUCCACAGACAGAUAUUCCUUUUAUGACACAAAAAAUGGCCAGAGAGUUGGAUUUUGUGCAGCAUUUGGAUAAAAAGGUGCGUGAAUAUAGUGGAGGGAACAAGCGAAAAUUAAGUACCGCAGUUGCCUUAUUGGGAGAUCCAAGUGUCAUUUAUUUAGAUGAGCCAACGACUGGAAUGGAUCCUGGUGCAAAACGUCAAUUUUGGGAAGUCAUUUCUUCGAAACGACAAGAAGGAAAGACAAUUGUAUUAACAAGUCAUAGUAUGGAAGAGAUUCAAGCAUUAUGCACUCGUCUGGCGAUUAUGGUCAAUGGUUCUUUCAAGUGCCUUGGUUCAGCGCAACAUUUAAAAAAUAAAUACUCACGUGGGUUAAUUCUCACUAUCAAGUUCAAACGACCAGACGUUCCCAUUAGUCUCGUAAUGGAACAAUCGCAUGCCAAUGAGCUCAAGGAAUUCAUUUCUGAACAUUUUCCAGGAGCAUUUUUACGAGAGGAGCAUAAAGAUACUUUAGUGUUCUACGUUCCCAAAACGGAUCUGCGAUGGUCAAUGAUGUUUGGAUUCAUGGAAAAAGCCAAAAGAAGCUUUCAUAUUGAAGAUUAUAGUUUAUUGCAAACGACAUUGGAGCAAGUUUUUCUACAUUUCACCAAAUAUCAGAAGAACAGCUCGUAAUUCGCAUUCAUGGAUUUCCCACCUACCUCAACGCAGGAUCUGACGUUAUUUUUUUAUCUCAACAUGUG